AUGAGGCUCUCUUCCGAGGAGGAUAGAGAACACAGAAAGCAUGAGCGACGGGACAGAGAACAUGAAAGGGAUAUGCCUCGGGAAAGAGAACAUGAAAGAGAACAUGAAAGAGAACGGGAAAGAGAACGUGAAAGGGAUAAGCCACGGGAAAGAGAACGUGAAAGAGAACGGGAAAGAGAACAUGAAAGGGAGAAGAGACGGGAAAGAGAACAUGAAAUGUAUGAUAAACGUGAAAAGGGUGAUAAACAGGGUAGAGAACAUAGAAAGGAUAAGGAACGGGAUGAAAAACAAAGGAAGGAUGAAGGACAUGGAAAGGAUAAGAAACGGGAUGAAAAACGAGAGAAGGAUAAGAAACAAAGUAAAGGACAAGAGAAGGAUAAGAAACCAAGUGAAGAACAAGUGAAGGAUAAGAAACGUGGUGAAGAACAAGUGAAGGAUAAGAAGCGAGGUGAAGGACAAGAAAAGGAUAAGAAGCAGGGUGAAGAACAAGUGAAGGAUAAGAAACGUGGUGAAGAACAAGUGAAGGAUAAGAAGCGAGGUGAAGGACAAGAAAAGGAUAAGAAGCAUGGUGAAGAACAAGUGAAGGAUAAGAAACGUGGUGAAGAACAAGUGAAGGAUAAGAAACGUAGUGAAGAACAAGUGAAGGAUAAGAAGCAAGGUGAAGAACAAGUGAAGGAUAAGAAGCGAGGUGAAGGACAAGAAAAGGAUAAGAAGCAGGGUGAAGAACAAGUGAAGGAUAAGAAACGUGGUGAAGAACAAGUGAAGGAUAAGAAACGUGGUGAAGAACAAGUGAAGGAUAAGAAGCAAAGUGAAGAACAAGUGAAGGAUAAGAAGCAAGGUGAAGAACAAGUGAAGGAUAAGAAGCAAGGUGAAGAACAAGUGAAGGAUAAGAAACGUGGUGAAGAACAAGUGAACGAUAAGAAACGUGGUGAAGAACAAGUGAAGGAUAAGAAGCAAGGUGAAGAACAAGUGAAGGAUAAGAAGCAAGGUGAAGAACAAGUGAAGGAUAAGAAGCAAGGUGAAGAACAAGUGAAGGAUAAGAUACGUGGUGAAGAACAAGUGAAGGAUAAGAAGCAAGGUGAAGAACAAGUGAAGGAUAAGAAACGUGGUGAAGGACAAGAAAAGGAUAAGAAGCAAGGUGAAGAACAAGUGAAGGAUAAGAAGCAAGGUGAAGAACAAGUGAAGGAUAAGAGGCAAGCUGAAACCCGGGGCAAUGUUGAGGUUGGAUGUUGCACACCACUUAGACCGAGUGUCCAGUGA